AUGUUCCGAUCCGUCCAAACUAAGCUCCUCCGCCCUGCCGAGGCCGGUGCAAUUCGUUCAAGACCACAUGUCCGAGUGAACCCCUCCACAGCGACCCCAACUUGGGCCUGCAGUUAUGCAUCUGCCCGCAGUCUCUCCACAUCCCUCCGUCCCACGCCCUCCAGCCUUCGAUCUUCCCGUCUGACUACCUACUCUUCCACUCCUCUUCGACACUUCACCUACACCAGCAGGAUGGCUUCGACCCGUACAGAAUCAGAUGCCUUUGGCGAGAUCCAGGUCCCCUCCGACAAGUACUGGGGAGCCCAGACAGAGCGUUCGCUGGAGAACUUCAAGAUCAACCAGCCCCAGGAUCGCAUGCCCCCGCCCAUCGUUCGUGCUUUCGGUAUCCUCAAGGGAGCGGCGGCCAAGGUCAAUGUCAAAUAUGGCCUGGACCCAAAGCUCGGCGAGGCCAUCCAGCAGGCUGCUGCUGAGGUUGCCUCUCUCAAGCUCGUUGACCACUUUCCUCUUGUUGUCUGGCAGACUGGCUCUGGCACCCAGUCUAACAUGAACGCAAAUGAGGUCAUCUCCAACCGUGCCAUUGAAAUCCUCGGAGGAACAAUGGGAUCCAAGAAGCCUGUCCACCCUAACGACCACGUCAACAAGUCCGCAUCCUCCAACGAUACCUUCCCCACCGUUAUGCACAUUGCUGCUGUCCUCGACCUCGAAGAAUCCCUGCUCCCCGCCCUAAAGAGCCUCCGCGACGCCUUGCAGAAGAAGAGUGAGCAGUUCGAGAAGCUCAUCAAGAUUGGCAGGACUCAUUUGCAGGAUGCCACUCCUUUGACCCUCGGACAAGAGUUCUCUGGAUACGUUCAGCAGCUUGACUUUGGCAUCGAGCGUGUGCAAUCCUCUUUGCCCCGCCUCCGCAUGCUUGCCCAGGGUGGAACCGCCGUCGGCACCGGAAUCAACACCUUUAAAGGAUUUGCUGAGGAUGUUGCUGCCGAGGUCAGCAAGGCCACUGGUUACGAGUUCAUCACCGCACCGAACAAAUUCGAGGCGUUGGCUGCCCACGAUGCCGUCGUCGAGGCUCACGGUCAAUUGAACGUUCUCGCAACGUCCCUUUUCAAGAUCGCCCAGGACAUUCGUUUCCUUGGCUCUGGCCCCCGCUGUGGUCUCGGAGAGCUCAAGCUUCCCGAGAACGAGCCCGGCUCUUCCAUCAUGCCUGGAAAAGUCAAUCCCACGCAGUGCGAGUCCCUUACCAUGGUGUGCGCCCAGGUGUUCGGCAACAACGCUGCGACAACCUUUGCUGGCUCCCAGGGCAACUUCGAGCUUAAUGUCUUCAAGCCAGUGAUGAUCCGUAAUUUGCUCCACAGCUCCCGGCUUUUGGCGGACGCUAUGAGGAGUUUCGAGAAGAAUCUUGUCGAUGGUCUGGAGGCGGAUGAGAAGCGCAUCGGUGCUCUACUAAACGAGAGCUUGAUGCUGGUAACAUGCCUCAACCCUGUCAUUGGCUACGACAUGGCCUCCAAGGUUGCCAAGAAUGGACACAAGAAGGGCAUCACCCUUCGUGAGAGCGCUCUCGAGCUCAACGCCAUCAGUGCAGAGGACUUCGACAAGUAUGUGCGUCCAGAGCUCAUGAUCAACCCCAGCGAGAAGAAAUAG